AUGGAAGAAGUGGAACCAGUGAGUCAUUUGCUUGUCUUGGCAGAGAAGAAAUUCCUAUUGGGUAAUGAUUUCCCUAAGGUAAACAAGAAUGCUCUCGUUCAGGAAAUAUUGGAUAUUGUCAAAGAGAAGGAAAUGGGACCUUACUAUGAAAAUGUACUCGUUCAACAACUUCCUGACUAUUUCAAAGCCGAUCAAACAUUUAUUAACUCGUUGAGAGAAUCUAAUCAAAAGAAAAUCCAAGAAUUAAACGAAAAAAUCGAAGAUGCUCAGAAAAAUCUUGGUGAAAAUGAAGUAAGAGAAGCUUUACUUACCAAGGCACAAUAUUACUAUUCUAUUGGAGACAAGGAAAAUACUCUUUCUGCAUACAGAGAAACAGAAACUAAAACUGUUGCUUUGGGACAAAAACUUGACAUUUUGUUUGCACUUCUUCGUGUUGGAUUUGCAUUUGAUGACAAGGACAUUGUGAAGAGAAAUCUUGAAAGAGCUAACAGUAUGAUUGUUGAAGGUGGAGAUUGGGAAAGAAGAAAUCGAUUGAAGGUCUAUGAAGGUGUUCAUCUUAUGACUAUUAGAAACUUUGCAAAGGCAGCAAAACUUUUCUUGGAUUCAAUUUCUACCUUCUCAUCAAGUGAAAUUAUGACAUUUGAACAAUUUAUUUUCUACUCAAUUGUAGUCUGCACAUUCUCACUUGGUAGACCUGAGAUGAAGAAGAAUAUUUUGGAAUCUUCUGAUGUGUUAUCAGUUAUUCACAAACUGCCAAUUGCUGAAAAGUUUGUGAACUCCUUCUAUAACUGCCAGUACAAUUUGUUUUUGGUGUCACUUGUGGAUUUGAUGGACAACCAAUUGAUCAAGGAUCGUUACUUAUCCAAACAUGUCCGUUAUUUCUCAAGAGAAAUGAGAGUGCGUGCAUACUCACAAUUCUUGCAAGCGUACAAGAGUGUGACAUUAGAGGCGAUGGCAGAACAAUUCGGAUUGAGUGCCGAAUUCUUGGACAAUGAGCUUUCAAGAUUCAUUUCUGCAGAUAAAUUGAACGCCAAAAUUGAUAAGGUUACUGGUGUGAUUGAAUCAAGCCGAACUGACGAGAAAAAUGCACUGUAUCAACAAACCAUCAAGCAAGGUGACCACUUAUUGAACAGAAUUCAAAAGUUGUCAAAAGUGAUUGAAAUGUAA